CACCACNGCCGAGUCUUCGAACCGGAUUCCGGCUCAGGUGAUGCUUCUCCCCGCUCCUUCACCGUCUCCCCCACCACCCACACCGUAGUUCGCUCCAACUCUUCCGGUAUCUACGGAAGCGCCCGUGUUUUUACCCGAUUCUCCGAGUAUGGAUUCGCCGUUAAGCAUGCGGGUUGGCACUUCUUGAGGCUACAUUUUUACCCUCUUCGUAGUCCUCGGUAUAACCUCCGGUCGGCGUGCUUUUCCGUCGCCGCUAAUGGAUUCACCUUGCUUUAUAGCUUCUCUUGCUCGAAGAUGAGUACUAGAAGCUCUGUUCAUUACAAAGAAUACAUUUUGGAGGUGAAUUCGGAGUCGCAACCGUUAAUUUUGAGGCUAACUCCUGCUAAUGGGUCGAUUGCGUUCAUCAGCGCAAUUGAGGUUAUAUCGAUUCCCGACGGAUUGGUUCCGUCCGCCGCCGCCACCGUUCCGAUCGGGCCUUAUGUCAAUAUCUCCACACACUUGGCCUUUGAGACCAUUUACAGGAUUAAUGUGGGAGGUGUAGCUAUUGGUUCGAAAAAUGACACUUUUUGGCGGAUUUGGGAGACGGAUCAACCGUUCUUGAUCAAUCCUGCUUCUGUUCACACCGUGUCAACCGAUCCGCAUAAUGUUAAAUACCCGCCUGGAAUUCCGUCUUAUACGGCCCCGAAUUUGGUUUAUGCCACCGCGCAAGAAAUGGCGGAUGCUAACGUUAGCAACCAGAAGUUCAAUAUCUCCUGGAUGUUUAAAGUUGAUUCGGGUUUUCGGUAUUUAGUUCGGCUACAUUUUUGUGAUUUUAUCAGCAACAAUACAAGUAAUCUCGUGUUCAAUGUCUAUAUGAACAACGAAUCUGCGUUGAGCUCAUUUGGUAUAUUGAGCAAGGCUGAGCUGUCGACUGCUUAUAUUGUGGAUUUUGUACUGAAUGUUCAGAUGGAAACAGAUAAGAUUUUAGUUCAAAUUGGGCCACCACAAAUCAUGAAUGUGGCGCCAAAUGCGAUUCUUAAUGGACUUGAGAUUAUGAAGCUCAGUAAUCAGGACAAGUACCUCGACGCAUCUCAUAUCGUUAAUAAUAUCAGUUUUGAGGCAUCAAAGCAAAAUAAGAGAUCAACAACACUUCUAAUCACAUUAACUGCUGUGGGAGCAGCUCUUCUGGUUUUCAUUGUUGCAAUGUUAUUACUGUGUUACAGGCAUUACAGUAAUAGUAAUAAGAAGAAGAGCCCUUCUUUAACAUGGCUGCGUUCCUCUAUUGCUCCCAAUUCACAGGCGAAUAACUCCAAUACAAAGAUAUCCACCCGCAGUUACUUUUCGUCGGGGCCAUCUCUAGGAUUAGGGCAACUAUUGGCAUUCUCGGAAAUAAAACAGGCUACUAACAACUUCGACGAGAAUCUAGUUAUAGGUGUGGGAGGUUUUGGUAAAGUGUACAAAGGAGUAUUAGAGAAUGGCAUUGUAGUCGCGGUGAAGCGAGGAAACCCACAAUCCCAGCAGGGAUUAAUAGAGUUUCGUACAGAAAUAGAAAUGUUAUCCAAGUUACGCCACCGCCACUUAGUUUCCCUUAUUGGGUACUGCCAUGAGCCCAACGAGAUGGUCCUGGUCUACGAGUUCAUGGCCGGUGGGCCCCUUCGCAAACAUUUGUAUGGCUCGGAUCUUCCCCCACUCUCAUGGAAGCAAAGGCUUGAAAUUCUCAUAGGAGCAGCUAAAGGCUUGCAUUAUCUCCACACAGGAGCUGCUGAAACUAUCAUUCAUCGAGAUGUUAAAACGACUAACAUUCUUCUCGAUGAGAAUUUUAUAGCUAAAGUUGCCGAUUUCGGCUUGUCCAAGUCAGGGCCAACUUUGGACCAGACCCAUGUGAGCACUGCUGUAAAGGGAAGCUUUGGCUACCUUGAUCCUGAGUAUUUUAAAAGGCAGCAAUUGACUGAAAAGUCGGAUGUUUAUUCUUUUGGAGUUGUUCUAAUGGAGGUAUUAUGCGCGAGACCUGCAAUUAAUCCUGCACUUCAUAGAGAUCAGGUGAACAUAGUGGAGUGGGCGAUGAGCUGGCAAAAGCGCGGACUCUUAGAGCGGAUAAUCGACCCCCAUCUUGUGGGUAGUGUUAGUAUUGGCUCCAUAAGGAAAUUCGGUGAAACUGCUGAAAAGUGCUUGUCAGAGUACGGUAUCGAGAGGCCAACGAUGGGUGAUGUGUUAUGGAAUUUGGAGUACGCUCUCCAAUUACAAGAGUCAUUCGCAAUAGAUGUUGAGGAGGGAAGCAGCAUAAGCUGUAUCGAAGGGCUUCCUGAAAUUAUUCCAGAAAGGGGGAAUGCGGAGCGUGAUAUGUCUAGUUUUGUCAGCGGCGGAACUGAUGCAGCAACGAGCAGAGUAUUCUCUCAGUUAAUGGAUCCAAAGGGAAGAUAGGAAGCUGCAUAGCAGUAAGCUUACUCAUUUUUCUGACGCUCGUCGAAACUUUGCUCAAUAUAGGCUUUAUGUUGUAAUAUCCUGCAGCAAAUAUCACUGAAGGGUUGUUAUUGUCGCAUAAUUACUAAAAUUGUAAACAACUAUUCUGUAAUGUGAUUGACUUGAGAAAUUCCGUCCGAUAUAAAUACAUCAAAUUUAUCUUCUUAUCUA